AUGGACAUGAUGGGCAACAAAGAGCGACGAGGCGUGAAUUUCAAAGGCUUGCUGAAGAGGAAUUGGCUCCUAAUAGCCACCGUUUUAUCAGUGCUGCUCGGGAUCAGUUUGGGCGUCGUGGUCAGAGAGUAUGCAUCCCUCUCCCAUCUCCACAAGCAGUAUUUCGGCUUCCCAGGAGAGAUCCUAAUGCGAAUGCUGAAGCUGGUCAUCCUUCCACUCAUCAUUUCGAGCAUGAUAACAGGUGUUGCAGCCCUGGACUCUGAAGUGUCAGGAAAGAUAGGUCUGCGAGCUGUUAUUUAUUACUUCUCAACAACAAUCAUUGCAGUUAUUCUUGGAAUUAUUUUGGUAAUGACUAUCAAACCUGGAGUCUCUCAGACAGCUGACCACAUUGACAGAACUGGGACCACGCCUAAUGUCACUACAGUGGACACACUACUGGACCUCGUCAGAAACAUGUUUCCAGAAAAUCUGGUGCAGGCUUGUUUUCAGCAGUACAAAACGAAGCGCAAAGAGCUGGAGCCUCCGAAGGUUUCAGUCAACACCACCACAAUUCCACCUCUUGCAACUACUAUCAUGGCAGCAGUGGAGAACAUCACCAAGGAAUAUAGUAUCGUCGGCACAUAUUCGGAUGGAAUCAACGUAUUGGGGCUUAUCGUGUUCUGUGUUGCUUUUGGCCUUGUCAUUGGGAAAAUGGGAGAAAAGGGUCGCAUCCUCCUGGAAUUUUUUGAUGCCCUGAAUGAAGCAACCAUGAAACUGGUCCAGAUAAUUAUGUGCUACAUGCCCAUAGGAAUCCUGUUCCUUAUUGCUGCUAAGAUCAUUGAGGUGGAAGACUGGGAGAUCUUCAAGAAGAUGGGUCUUUAUAUGGUGACGGUGCUGAGUGGUCUAGCUAUCCACGCCACCAUUUGUCUGCCACUGAUCUUCUUCAUCAUCGUAAGGAAGAACCCUUAUACAUUCACACUGGGGAUGGCUCAGGCUUUGGUGACAGCGCUGAUGAUCUCCUCUAGCUCUGCUACCCUGCCUGUCACCUUCCGAUGUGCGGAGGAGAACAAUCGUAUUGACAAGAGGAUCACCCGCUUCGUCCUCCCAGUGGGUGCCACCAUUAAUAUGGAUGGCACAGCGUUGUACGAGGCAGUGGCCGCCAUCUUCAUCGCCCAGCUGAAUGACUACGCCCUAGAUGUGGGCCAGAUUGUUACUAUCAGUAUAACAUCAACAGUUGCCAGUAUUGGAGCAGCAGGAGUCCCUAACGCAGGUCUUGUCACUAUGGUCAUCGUCCUAACAGCGGUUGGAUUACCUGCAAAUGAUGUCACUCUGAUAGUUGCUGUAGACUGGCUGCUGGAUCGGUUCCGCACCAUGAUCAACGUCCUCGGCGAUGCUUACGGAGCCGGUAUCGUUCAGAAACUCUCCAAGAGGGAACUGGAGAGGAUGGAUCUGACAUCAGACGUGGAUGUCGCCAACCCUUUCGCUCUGGAAGCCACUUUGGACGAUGAAGAGUGCGAGAAGAAAUCUUACGUCAACGGAGGCUUCACCGUCGACAAGACAGAUGCAAUCUCCUUCACGGAAACCUCCCAGUUUUAG